UAUUUUUUCUACCUGUUAUUUAUAUUGAAUAUAGCUCAAUACGAGUACUAACUAUUGCACGUUAACAUCCAACUGUCAUUGGAUUUUGUGCCACGUGAUGCAUGUCAACAUUUUGUUAUUUAAACUAAUUAUGCACACAAUACAAUAAUCAGCCGCCCCACUCAUCUGAACGUUCAUAAUACCUCAUUUAAAGUUUUUUUCUCCUUCAAUAAAACCACGUGAAUAAAAUACCUAAACGUUUUAGUAAUGAAGUGUGUCAUGUACUCCAAUAAAUAUAAUUGAUUUAAAAUAAUUCGCAGUAACAAUACAUUAAUCGCAGCGUAAAAUCAAAGUGAGACCGGUUAAUGAGUAGUAUUGCAUUAUAGUUUAAAAUAAAAGUACCUACUUGAAUCAGUUUGACUUAGCUUAGGUAAGAUAAUAAAGUGUAUAAUCAACGAAGGCCGUCGAACGCUUUUCCUAUAGACGUGAGUAUGUAUCGCAGUCGUUUAAGUGCAAACGGAUACAAUACAUCUUUCGCGUACAGUGAACGUCGUGCGUCGAUCCAUGCGAUUAUAUUUCUGUUUGUUAAAAAAGAUUUCUAUUGUACCAUGAGAUUGCUUUUCUUGUGUGUGGCCUUCGUCGUAACGCAUUUAGCCUCGUGUGUAACGGCGGACCUGGAUCUGGUAUUGCUCCAUACCAAUGACAUGCACAGCCGUUUUGACGAGACCGAUAUUUACUGCAACGAGUGUCGAGAAGAUGACGCAGUUAAGGGUCAAUGUUAUGGUGGGUUCGCAAGGGUUGCACAAGUCGUAAAGGACGAGAAGAAAAAGGCAGAAGAAAAAAAUCUGCCAUCCCUAUUCAUGGUGGCCGGAGAUACUUUUCAAGGCACUCCAUACUUCUCGUUUUUCAAAUGGCAGCCCGUAGUGGACUUCAUAAAACAAUUGCAACCAGAUGUCAUGACUUUGGGAAAUCAUGAAUUCGACGACGGUAUUGAUAGUCUUGUUUCGUAUCUAAACGGAAUUCAAGAUAUACCAACAGUAGUUUCAAAUUUAAAUAUGACAUUAGAACCAGAUUUGGAUAAAUUCAUAACGAGGUCAUUUGUAUUUGAGAAAAAUAAUACAAAAGUGGGAAUCGUUGGAUACUUGACAACGGAUACUCCGCAUAUAUCCAGCACCGGGGCUGUUGAAUUUUUAGAUGAAGUUAAAUCAUUGAAGAUCGAAACAAAGAAAUUACGUGAAAGUGGCGUUAACAUUAUUAUUGGUUUGGGUCAUAGUGGUAUCGAAAUAGAUAAAAUAAUUGCUAAGGAAGUGGAGGAUAUUGAUCUAAUUGUAGGUGGACAUUCACAUACUUUCUUGUACUCUGGCAAACCACCAAGCAUUGAAAAACCAUAUGGAACAUAUCCGCUAUAUGUGACCAAUGUCAAAAAUAAGACCGUGCCAAUAUUACAAGUAUACGCAAAUACCAAGUACAUAGGCAAAGUUGAUAUACACUUUAACUCAAAUGGUGAUUUAGUUAGUAUCAAUGGUUCACCAAUAUUAUUGAAUAAUGAAAUAAAACAAGAUCCAUCUAUGUUGACUGUCAUUGAUAAAUGGAAACCGUCGGUUACUAAAAUUACAAACGUUACUGUUGGACGUACAACUGUUGAGUUGUUAAAUAAUUGUCAUCUUAUGGAAUGCAAUAUAGGAAACCUCAUAGCUGAUUCAUUUGUAUACUAUAACGUGUUGAAAAAAAAAAAUUACGACGAGUAUUGGACUGAUGCACCAAUAGGGGUCAUUCAAUCCGGAAGUAUUCGAACUACACUAAAUGAAACUGAUCAUGACGGAUAUAUUACUUUGGGACAGUUAAUCAAUGUCUCUCCGUUUGCCAAUAAACUGGUCAAAGUUACAAUUUCUGGCGCUAGUCUUUUAGAAGCAUUUGAACACAGUGUUUUCAAUUACGUAUUGCAUAAUGGUGGACGUAAUUUUUUACAAGUAUCUGGUGUUUUGGUUGAAUUUGAUUUGAGUCAAAAACCAGGUCAUCGAGUCUCUUCAUUAUAUCUUCGAUGCGGUGAUUGUAGCGUUCCUAAAUUUGAUCCCGUGAUAUUGACUGCCAAUUAUACUUUAGUGAUAUCUGAUUAUUUGACCGAUGGUGGGGAUAAUUUUAAUGCCUUUAAGAAAACAGUAAAGAAAAACGAAAUACUAAGCGUUGAGGAUUAUAAUGCAACUGCAAUGUAUAUGGAGUCUAUUAGUCCAAUAACAAUCGGAAUAGAAAACAGAAUUAUCAUAAAAACAUCAAAUUCGAAAGCAUCCAAUACGACCACAAAAAAUUAUCAAUUAUUUUUAUUUGUUAUGUCUGUAAUAAUAUAUUAUAAUUUAUAAAU